AUGAAAUCAAUCCACGAUUUGUACUUGAUUUGCAGAAGCAGUGGUGACAAAACGACCCUCAUAUGUUCAUUUUGUCAGCCUACGACCGAUAUACCUGAACAACCUUCGAUCGCUUUAGAAAACUUUACAAAACAAUUAACUGGAAUCUUCUUAAAGGCUUUCACUCAGGCUGCGAAUUCAAAAGAUGAAGCUACUACUAAUUGA